UCGGUGUUAGGGCGUCGAGGGUGGCUGAUUCUCGCUAUCAGUCUGCUGCAGCCGUCGAGGCCGCAUCUCCUCCUUGGUGGCUCUUCAACUUGUCCUCCCGACCGAUUCCUCUCCUCGGUAAACGAGGGAGAAACUUUUCAACGGCCAAGAAGUUCGGUUCAUCGAGAGAGAGGAAGCGCGUGUUCGCGUCGCAACUCUUCAUUCCGACGACCACUUGAGCUCCCGCCGUCACAAUGCUGAAGAUCACCGUCGUGCUGGCGGUGCUGGGGGCCCUGGUGCUUGCUGACAAGCCUCCCAUCGGCAUUCUUCCGCACCACUUCACAGGCCUGCCGGGCUACGACACUUUCGGAAAAGACAUUGCUGAACAGCCCAUCUACGGCGGCCCCCACCAUGACAUUGGCCUCUCCCACGGCGGUGGCGUUGCAGUCGCCGGAGGCGGUGGGUACGGUGGCGGUGGCUACGGAGGUGGAGGAGGGUACGGUCAUUCUUACGGGUACGCUCAGCCCCAGGUGAGCUAUCAUACUGCCUACGUGCCCAUCUACCAUGAUGAUGAUUACGACGAAGGCGGCGGCGGCAAAGGAAAGGGAUACCUGAAGGGGCUGGACAAGCAGCUCAAGGGCUACUACGAGUCGUUCAAGAAAUUCAUGAGCGAUUACUGGGACAUCAACACCUACGAAGACGAAGAAUCUUACGCUCCAGCUUAUUCCUACGCUGCGCCCGUGCAACCUUACGUCGCUCCUCCUCCUACAUCCUACGGCGCCCCCGCAUCUUCCUACGGGGCUCCUCCAAUUGAUUCUUACGGGGCACCCCCUGCCUCUUACGCUCCUGCCCCGUCUUACCAAACCGUCCACGUUCCAGCAAUCAUCCACGAGGAAGAAGAAGAGUCCUUCGGUAAAAAGCUCCAGAAGUCAUGGCAAAAGGCUCAGCAGGAAUUGAAAAGCUGGGAAGAGAAGGCGAAGAGUACUCUCAAAGGAUUAUUCAGUUACGACGAUUAUGACUACGAAGAAUACAUUGAAUUCCCCGCUGUCGGCUACCAGCAUGCACCUGCUGCCUCUUACGGUGCUCCUGCAGUGCCCACAUCCUACGGUGCACCCGCAACCAGUUACGCAACCGCCCACGUUCCAGUGAUCCAUACUAGCGGUGGUGGUGGUGGUUAUUCAGGAGGCAAGGGCAAAGGAGGAGGAGGAGGGUCCUCUAAGGGCAAGGGCGGUGGAGGUGGUGGCUUCUUCGGUGGCGGCAAGGGUAAGGGUAAAGGAGGAGGCGGUGGUUACCGCUCAAGGCCCGUCAUCCAAGUGCCAGUGCCAGUUCCAACUUACCACGCCCCACCUCCUGCCUACGCUCCACCUCCUUCCUACGCUGCACCCCCUGUACCCUCCUAUAGCCCACCAGUUCAGUCCUACGCUCCACCAGCUCCUUCUUACGGACCCCCGAAAGCUCAUAGCAUCGUCCACGCUCCUGAAAUCCACCAAGUCGCUGACGUCCACCAUGUUGCCGACGUCCAUCACGCACCAGAAGUCCAUUUGGGUGGUCACGAUAUUGGGCAUGAUAUCGGGGGUCAUGUAGGAACCUCGUCGUAUGCCUCAUAAUAGAGGAGAUAUUGUGCCUUGAAGGCCUAAUUCAGCGUCUCGUUAUUAUCACAAGCCACAACCUAUCUUUCCAGAUGUCUCAUAUUCAUUGAUAAAUUCCCAUCUCUCUUUAUUGCCUCUCCUCUUUAUUUCUACUACAAAUGUGUCUUUGUUACAGCCAGGUGCGAUAUUCUAUCUCGUUCUGUAUUGUUUUUCGCAUCUGCUGUAAAGGAGCGACACGCCAGGUAGUGCAACGGUUGACAAACGGCUUGUGGUGAGACAUCACCACAAAAAAACUCAUCCUUGUACAAAAAUGUUGUUUGAUAGCUAUGCAGCAUUGACGUGCUGCCCUAAAGGUCUCUGUUUUUUUCUUUAAUUUGUUGAACCUAUUCUGUAGUCAUACGACUUACUGUGCUUGUGAGAGCUGUACUUACGUCUCCUUUUGGUAUGCCUGUUUCUUUACUCUUGUUACAGAGUGCAUAAGAUUUAUGUUAAGUUUUGCCAUUGUUUAGUUGUAAAACUCAUGUUUCAUCUUGCUAGCCAAGAUUAAACAUCCUUUGUAGUUCAUGAAAUCUUUGAGAAAUUUUUACCUCUACUAACUUUUUAUAUGUUUGAGUUAUGAUUUCAGAUAAAGGAUUUUUGUUUUGUCGUUAUGUUCUUAAAUUUUUAAGGAAGCUAAUAAACUAGUGGUAAUUAUCUAUUUUUCCACGAGAAAAAAACACAUGUCAACAACCAAAUUAAAGAAAUACUACAUUAGUUUUAGCUGUAUCUGCCAUUCCAACAAUGGCGCAUGUAAACCGAUGUUCUGCUCAGCUGAUAUCUUCAUAUCACACACACACAAAACAGUGCUUAAGAAUGAUGUCAAUCAUCUUAAAAUGGAGAGUCGAAACUAGUUCCUACUCCGAUACUUUAUCAGCAAAUUAAUUUUUGCCUUGCCAGUCAUAUGGAUCAAGUAGAACAUAAAUAUUCUUGAUUUAUAGAUCAGAAACUCAUUGUGUAGCCUUUAAAUGUUCUAUCUAUGUGAUAAGGUUACGUUCUCCAAAUUGCCAUAACCCAUUUGUGUUGUAGUUACAUCAAAGGUGUUUCAAAUACAUGAUUUUAAUUAAAUGAAUGUAACAAACAGUAAAGGUUUUUACAUUUGAUGUUGCCCAUAAUAGUUGUAAAUUUUCUUAACUAGCUGGAGUUGAAACGAUUUCUCAGGAAACAACGGUAUUGUUUAAUACAAUUACCCUUUUAUGCUGUGAUCAGCUGAUGCCUCAUUUUUAACUCUAUCGGGAAAUGAGGACGAAAGUUAAUAUUGAGUUUCAACUGUAACAGAACUCGGAUAAUUCAUAGCCAUUGUAAAGUACCUCACUAAUAACCAGUAGUCAAAUUAAAGUUGUUUGGCUGUAUGUUAACUGAAUAUUUUUUUAUAUUUUGUCAAUUUCUUCAUAUUUUAUACACUCAAUGAAAUAUAUAAGAAAUUUCUUUGU